CGUAAAAAAACACGCAUAGUGACACAGUGUCUACCAGUUGCAGCAAAGAACAUCUCUCACUUCUACUACAGCUUUAGCGUUGUUAAUUACUACAGCUGUGAGUUGUGCUUUGUUUUCAUUUUUCCCCAGAGCAGGCCUUUUCUUAUCUUUUCUCUCCUUCUCUUACUGAAGGCAUCCAACUAUAGAAAACCAGGCUUAAGUACAGCUCAGCGGAAGAAAAGUGGUUUGAAACCUGAACUUACAGAAGAGCAAAAGCAGGAGAUCAGAGAAGCUUUUGAUUUGUUUGAUACUGAUGGAUCUGGAAGCAUUGAUGUAAAAGAACUGAAGGUUGCAAUGCGUGCUUUAGGCUUUGAGCCGAAGAAGGAAGAAAUUAAGAAAAUGAUAGCAGAUAUUGACAAAGAAGGAAGUGGCACCAUUGACUUCGAAGACUUCUUGGCAAUGAUGACACAAAAAAUGAGUGAGAAGGAUUCAAAAGAAGAAAUACUGAAAGCUUUCAGAUUAUUUGAUGAUGAUGGCACAGGGAAGAUUUCAUUCAAAAACUUGAAGCGAGUUGCCAAGGAGCUGGGAGAAAAUUUAACAGAUGAAGAACUUCAGGAAAUGAUUGAUGAAGCUGAUCGAGAUGGAGACGGAGAAGUAAAUGAGCAAGAAUUUUUGAGAAUCAUGAAGAAAACUAGCUUAUAUUAGUGGUUGUUGCCUUGCUUUACAGCUGCUCCUAAAGGUGACCUGGAAAAGACUUAAAAACAGGACUGCUGUCUCUUACAUUUUCUAUGACAUGAAAAGAAAGCCUGAAAGGACAGAUUUUUGGUUCAUUCUUCCUUUCCAGAAAUUUUAAUUAGAGAAGUGGGGGGCUUCAAUACCCAGAAGUACUGUUGAAAUGAGAUAUUGCAGGAAUGAGGGGUAAGGAUGAACCUGCAAGACAGGGUCCUCCUUUCUGUUUUAAUGACAAUUUUGGUGAUUGUCAUUUUGGAUAGAGUACUGUGUUUUAACUAAAAGUCAUUUCACUUGAGACACAGUGAUUCCCGCUGCUUCUGGAAAAGGCCCGUUUUGACUUUCUUAAGGCUACCUAAUAAAGGAGGUCAGCUUAUAAUGUCUUCUAUAUAAUCUUAAGGAAUUAAGGUACAAGCACAGUAUUUUUAUUCCUUUUAAGUCUUCUGGGUCAUCUUUUGGUAUCUGCCACCUUAGUUUAUUUCCAUGAACAACUCUAAAAAUCAGUUGCAUAUUUGUAUUUUUUUCUGUAUGAAGCACUGCAUUCUCAGGGCAAGUUUUUUGGACCUGAUAGGAAACAAAUGCAGAUGACUAGAUAUAGUCCUUCAUUCAGAGCUGCUUGCCAUCUUUAGAUGUUCUUUUGUUAAACAAUUCCAUGAUCAUUUGAAACCUGGUUUAUUUGAAUCUAGUCUGCUGGGAUUAUCAACGUUUACUGUAUAACCAGGCAAUGUCUUGUACCAUUGUACUUAUUCCCAAGACAUUACAGAGUUGUUACUAUGUUAUUAUUUUAAGUACAUAAGGAAAGCUCAGUGCUAUGACUCUCUACGGUAAAUUCUGUCUUUGGUUAUUUACAGUCAAAUUACAGGGACAACUUCCAUCUGAAAUGGAAAAAAUGAUUUGUUACCUUGGACAGCUGGGAAACACUGAAUGUUUGUAGGUCCAUCCGAUUCAAAUUCAUUUCAUGCAUCACAGCUGUUGAGUUUUGGGGGGAGUAUUUUCCUUUUCUUGAGUAUUUUCUCACACGUACUGUCAACUGUGGACUUAGUGGACAGACACACUUCCUUCCGUAUUUUGGACCCCUGGUUCACGAUUAGACAGUUGGCUUCAAACUGCAGGGAAAGCGUACAGUCCUAAACUGUCUCUCUCUAGUAAGUUUAUUACUGCUGACGUUGAAAUGGCAACUAGGUCAGAAGAGGGUUCAGUGGGAUGGGGAGAGAAAGAACAGUAUUUCACCAAGAUCCUUCUCCAAACAGCUUCUGCUGCUUCCCAGGCCCUAAUGAGGUUUGUCUCUGUAAAACAGCAUAGAGGAAAGGAAGAGACCAGCUCCUUGAUUAGCAGCUUGUUACAGCUGUGUCAGCUCCUCAUGAGCUGCAAGGGCCCACCCAGCAGGGGGAGAAUUAGUCUCAGCAGCAGAAAGGAGACCUGCUCGUUUUGUAUCUGCUCAGUGUGAAGAUGCGGAGCUGGCACGUUCUGCUCAAGCCCUCCUCAUUUUGUCCCCUGAACUGCUCACUCUGAAUAGACCUUCUCUAAUUAGCACAGAAGUAGCUCAAACCCACAGGAGAACAGAGGUUGCAUAGUAUCCUGGGAAACUCGGAUCUGUGAAGCCCAUUAACAUCUUCAGUGCCAGUAGGUGUAGCCCACAAUACCGUAAGCUUUUUAAAAUGUGUAUUAACUUUGUAUAGUGUGAAAUAAAAUUGUUUUGCAAGUUUA